AUGAAGGCACGGAGAGACAAAGCACAGUUUCCAUCUCACGCCACUGUCUGGCACCCACCCGGCAAUCGAGACGUUGCUUCUGUCACGUUCUUCACCGACGGCAUCACAGUAUCCGCAAUGGCCUGGUGCAAUCACUAUGUAUCUUACCAAGAAGAUACGGAACGCUAUCAAUGGACCUUUGAUCGAAGCCCAACUCAGACCGCUGAUAGCAUCCUUCAGCUCAUCGCUGCUGUCACUUCGUCGGGUCAACACUGCCAGCGUUGCCGCAACCCAGCGCAAUUCCAAGGGCCAAGAGCGACUGGCAAACUUAACGCUGAUGCCGACGCUAUUGUCGCUGGUGACUGGAAGGCAAGAGUGCCUGGCGAGCCCUUGGCCGAUCUUUUGGUUGCCGCACGGCGCUAUGAGAACUUCCUGACGCCUCUCGGAGUAAUGUCUCCAACGUUUGAUGUCAAGCCAGUCUGCAUCUAUCGCAACCAACUGAGAGUACCAGUCCGCGGCUUACACAUAGACACUCUCGCCUCGUACUACGUUGUCCCGUCCCUCGGCAAGGAAGCCUCAGGAUGGUGGCUCGAGUCGCCUAGGCUCACUGAGACCGCACGGAACGGAACAAAUCCCAAGAGGUGA